AUGUCCUCCUCCGAAUCCUUCAUCGACGAACCUAAAGCUCUCCAACGCCACCUCGAAAAACGUCUCCGUAAUUUCAAAGUCAUGGAGGAAUCCAAAAUCGAGGAAUUGGCCAAGAUUCUGACAUUCUGCAUUUCUGUCAUGUGCAAACACAAAAUGCGAAAAACGAAAGAGCCGAUGGUCGUCAAGAACUUGAAAUUCAGGUGGACGAAAGGAAAGAACCACAAUAAAAUCGAGGACAGUCAAACCAGUACAGAGCCUUGGCACUCUCUGAUUUUGGUGGAGAAACUCCCAAAUAUUUCCCUCGGUUGCGGAAGCAUAUUGUUGGAUCAGAGGGAGAUUUUGUUAAGGGGCCCAUUGGUGAAGGGGCAAAUGGAGGCAAUAGAUGGAUUCAGACAUGACAUGAAGCGCUACCUGUGCGAAUUAAAGGAAUGGCAAAUGACAAGGGAAAGUGUAAAGCAGCUAAGGACAGAACUGCUCGAUGAGUCGUAUGCUGCGGACGGAGAGGAGGGUAGUACGAGCGAUGAAUCGGACGAUGAUACCGACGUGGAGGAUGAUAAUCAAGAUACUCCACAGUCUCGAUCCAUUACAGCGACAGCCAAGCAUGCGUGUGCAAAGGUCGACGGGACGACACGCAGGCGUACGCCCAAAGUGAAGACGGGCUGCAAGACGUGCAAGAUAAGACAUGUCAAAUGUGACGAAACGAAACCAAACUGUAACAGGUGCUCUAGUACUGGCCGGAAUUGCGAUGGUUAUGCACCAAUAAAAGAAGACUUCAAAAUCCAUAUCUGGAGCCAUGCCCACACGCCUGGUCCUUACAACGCCACCAGAGCUUUUGCCGACUUUGGCGACAACGUUCGUUAUCUUGAAUUCUACCAUCGCUGUGCCAGACGCUCGCUCUCCAGCCAUUUUGACAAUGAUUUUUGGUCCAAGAUUGUCCUUCAAAUGGCUCACUCGGAAUCUGCCGUACGCCAUGCACUGGUCGCUCUCGGUUUCCUCUGUCAGUCCGAGCACGGCAGCAUGAAGCAUGCUCGGGCCAAGUUCGCAGUCGACGAGGACUACAGAUUCGUUCUGUCGCAGUAUAACAAGGCAGUCAGAGCACUGGUCUCGCGAAUGACGGACACUGCCCAUUCGUGUGAAGUCGCACUGGUGACCUGUUUACUCUUCGUUUGCAUGGAAUAUCUACGGGGUAACUACCACACAGCUUUCACGCACAUGAAGAAUGGUCUAGGUAUCAUCACGGAGAGACAGGAAGAAAAUGCGACUGCAACUAAGAAAUCUUUACCAAGUACGACGAUGAUCGAUGAGAACACACAAAUUACCAAAAGUAGUCGCUUUACCGAUCCUAUGCCACUGGAGUAUCUGAAACGCGAUUACAUUGCAGCACCACACCCUGUGGCUUUCCACAAAUUCCCCAGACCAACGCCCAAUUCGACAUCUGUCGUGGAAAAUACACUUGUACCCAUAUUCAUCCGCGGGAUAGCAUCAGCAUUAACGUAUGGCGUAACUACAACUGACAGCUUGGACGUGCUGUCGCUGAUGCCAUCGCUACUCCAUCAAAAAUCGUUUGCAGACCUGAACGAAGCACAUCAGGCCUGCUACGAGUUACGAAACUCAGCGAUACUCCACUUGCGCACAACCAGUCAACAGAGCCUACAUCGUCAGUCACCAACGGAUGAGGAUUGUCAACGCCGAGACUGUCUCCUUGAUUCGCAUCUUGCUUGGUUUGAGAAGGCCAAGGAGCUCGAGCGCGAUGCGGUGUUCUCGGAGGAGAAAAUCGCCUUGAGUUCCAUGAAAUUGUCACAUUAUACUACAUUCAUCCUUACCGCAUGCUCUCUGGACCGCUGCGAAGUCAAAUCUGAUAUCUACCUGGAGGAGUUUAAAGAAAUUCUGCACCACGCAAAAGUCGUCAUGGAAUACCGAGCCCGCACCACCACACAUGGCGCACACUUCACCUUUGAGAUGUGCAUUAUCCUUCCAUUAUUCCUCGUCUCAACACGCUGUCGCUGCCCCGUUACGCGCCGCACAGCCGUAGCUAUCCUCGCGCAGAAUCCACCUCGUGAAGGCUUGUGGGAUGCCCAGCAGCAUCUCCUAGUAGCGAAGCGAGCCAUCGACAUUGAGGAACGUGAACUGGAUCCCAUAACAGGCUGGCCGUCGGAGCGGUCACGGCUGGCUAGUUGCGUAAUAAGUGCUGAUAUGGAUCGUGCCGGAGGGUUCUGGGCUAGUUUUCUUCCAGCAAGGUGGGUGGGACAAUCGGAUGAACAUGGCAAACAGCGGAUUUUGCAGGAGUUCUUUCAUGUGUGA